AUGGCGUCCUCAACAACUACCCCCGAAGUGGCGGACGUGGACGUGGACGUGCUCAUCGUUGGCGGUGGCCCCGUCGGUCUGAACCUGGCGUACCAGCUACGGCGGUUCUCGUCUGCGCCAAUCAACCCCGACGCUUCCGCAGAGCCGAUCUCGGUGCACGUCGUCGAGAUGCAUCCCAAACCCGUGCAAGAGAAUUUCGGGCGCGCCGUGACCUUCUGGCCGCGCUCGAUGGAGAUACUCGCGCAGAUGGGUCUCGCUGACCAGAUCACGCAGCAGUGCGUGGCCGUGCGGUCGAGCGCCGCGUACGACACGACGGGAACCGAGGUGUUUGGCCGCGGGUGGAGUUUCGUCGAGGGCCUCGAGGACACGCGGUUCACGUUCGCGAGCGUCCUGCGGCAGAAGUUUGUCGAAGACAUUUUCCGUGCGGAGCUGCACAGUUUGGGCGCCAACGUCGCCGAAAACUGCAAGUUUGUGGAUCUGAGCGUGGACGAGGCGGUCGAGGUUGGCGGGAAGGGCAGGGUGAAAGCCAAGAUCUUGGAUCGCAGAGCGGGCGAGGGACAUGAGAGGGAAUAUACUGUCAAGUGUCGGUAUCUGAUCGGCUGUGACGGGUCGAGGACACUGGUGCGCGGGGCCGCAGGGAUCGAAUCUGACGGAGAUCGCACGGAAGACAAGUGGGUCAGAAUUGACGGCGUUCUCAAGAGUACGACGAUGCCGAAACCCAGGUCCUACGGCGCGAUCGAGAGUCCGCUGUACGGCAAUGUUCUCUGGAUUCCGCUCGAUCAUGGCGCGACGAGGAUCGGAUUCGCACUGAACGACGAGCGGAGGAAACUGUACAAGGAGCUCAACCAGGAGGUGUUUGUGCAAGAGGCGAAGUUGUCCGUCAAGCCCUUCGACAUUGAAUACGACAGGAUUGACUGGGCGAGCGUGUACAGCGUGGGUCAGCGUGUCGCGAGAAAUUUCUGGGCCAAGAAGUCGGUUUUUCUUGCUGGUGACGCGGCCCACAGCCAUAGCUCGGGAGCGGGCCAGGGGAUGAAUGCUGGCAUGCACGAUGCAGUCAACUUAGGUUGGAAGCUGGCGCUGGUGUUGACGGGCGUGCUGAAGAGGGAGGUCCUUGAGACUUAUGAGCUGGAGAGGAGGCCGAAUGCACAAAAACUCAUCAAGUACGAUGAGGAUAUCAGUGUUCUCGUCUCUGGAAGGCUGCCGAAGGACUGGCCAGGGGAUAAAACCGAGGACCCCAAUGUGGUUUUGGGUAGGAUAUUGCAGGAAGCCAAAGGAUUCAACACUGGCUUGACUAUUGGCUUUGAACCGAACAUCGCCAUAUCCAGGGACGACAGUGGGGAAGACGCUGAGCUGGUGGGGAAGCGAACAAUAAUCCCGGCACCGGCCAUAGCAGGCUAUCGCGCGCCAGAUGUUCAAGUAUUAACGCCCGCACUGUGGGAACAAGUCUGGCUGCACACUCUGAUGGCGAACCUGGCGAAGUUUUAUGUCGUCGUCUUCAUGGGCAGGUCGGCUGAAGCUAAGAGUUCGUUUGUCAAGAUGAAAGAAGACGUGCAGCAGAACCAACACCUGAGGCUGGAUAGGGUCCCAGGAACAGCGACAACAGCUACCAAUGGAGUUCACCUCAACGGAUCCUCAACAUCCCAGCCUCGAAGAUGGCCCGUGGACUUCCUGACCAUCUUACCUGAGAAGGUCGGCAAUGCCUGGUUUGAGUUGGGGACAGAUCCAUUGGGCAGGGUUUACUAUGACGGCGAUGGCGGCAAGGCAUACAAGAGAUAUGGUGUGGAGGUUGACGCAGGGGCUGUCUUCGUGGUGAGGCCUGAUGGCUGGAUUGGAGCCAGAUUCGGACUCGGGCCCGAAAGCGUUGUCGAUAGCAUUGAUACGUACCUGGUUGGACUGCUUUACCGAUAG